AUGGGCAAUAAUUAAUCCUGUUGUUCUGUAAGAAUCAGAUAACCAUCUAAUACUCUGGAUAAAAAGGAAGUGUUUUUAUUAUGCGAUGUUUUAAAGCACUCACAAGAAGGCAACCAAUCUACUCAUUUAGAUUAACAAUGUUUUGAAAGAAUAUUCCAAGAUAAUCCCCUCUUUGGAUAAUAAGUCUUUGAGUAUUGUCAAAGCUAGUUAAAAGCUAAUCCUUUGCCCUUGGAAGGGUGUAUCAAUAUACUUUAAGGUAUACUAAGUACUACGGAUAUCACUCCAAUCUGUCUACAGAUCUGUAUGGAAAAUUACGAUUCAUAGUUACAAAUUAUCACAGCUUAAUAAGCAUUUUAAUUUAUUGGGUUAAUAACGUCUAUCUUUUUAACUUUUUGUAUCAGAAAGCAGUAAAUUGAUGCCUCCGUUUUGGAAACUCUGGUUAACUCACUUUUCAAAGAAAAAUAAAUGAAAAUCAAUGAGUUUUUAUCAAUAAUGGAAGCCAAUUUUCCACAUGUUCAGAAAUUGAUUCGUUUAUACCUUUAGUACAGGUUAUUGCAAAAACCAUUUAAUUAAAUGAGAGUUGCAAAAAUUGAUAAAGACUCAUUUAGUAUCAAAUAUGAGUGGCUAGCUAUAAUGGGAUUAGCAACCUCAGAGUUACACAGACAUGGAUAAUUAACAUUAUUAUAUUAAUCAGCCUUACAAUCUAUCAAUUUUCAAGAAAUCCUAAGUUCCAUGCAAUAAACCCAAAUUCUAUUUGUUGCAACAUUCUAAGAUGAAUAAACAAAUAAAAAAUAAACCAUAGCCAUCUACAAUAAAUAAUAAUGGCAAUUGGAUGGCAAAGAUUCAGAUAAUAUAAUUGCAUUCCAAUUAGCACCCUACUUUUACAUUUACAGAUCUAAAUCCAAAAAUAAUUUUAAUGCCAAUGGCUUUGGUUAUAACUUUGAUUCAAAGACUAAUCGAUAUUUACUAUGGCUUGGACAAUAAAAUAGUUACUUUUUAAACUCUCAAAGAGUAUAACAUAUAACUCAUUAUUAGCUCUUAACUAUUGAAAUAUGGAGAUGUGAAGAAUUACAAUCUAAAUUAAGAAAGAGUGUAAUCGAAGAUGACAGAACUUCUACAUUGAGUCCCAAAGAUUAAAAGAAAAGAGUUUCCUUUAAAUUAAUGGAUGAAAAUCAACCAACCAGAAAAAGCUCCUCAGUCACUCCUACCACUAGAAAAGCCAACAUAUUAGAAAAUCCUGCCGUUUUACCUCCUCCUGUCUAGCCUUUGAAUAAUACUCAACCAUUCUUUCUUCAAACUACCCAAGAUGGAUAGGAGAGUCCUCGAUCACCACAUUUCAAAGCAGAUAACCUUCCCACUUUUAAUAAUCCUCAAGGCUAAAUUAUGAAAUCAUAUCCAAAUCCUACCAAUAUUACAAAUACUUAAUAACCUACUAGGCCUUCAUAAAAUAGACCCUCUUAAUCAAUUAUUGAUAAGUAUCAGACUGGACAAAGACAAACUAGAAGUUACUCAAAUAAUGAUAUUAGGAAAAGUGUGGAUGAUAUAUUAAAGAGAUAUGAAAAGAAAGCAUGA